GAGGUGGAACUUGUUCCUUUGGAUUAUAUUCAGCUAUAAUAUAUAAUAUUAACUUUUCUGACAUGGAAACAUUUUCAUUGCAGCGAGACCUCAUCGUGAAAAUUGUAAAAGUCCUGGUCUUCUAUCUGCAAGGUUGAAUUAUUGUCUUUCUCAGAGUUAAUUUUCAGAAGACAAUAUCAGUAUUUUGUUCUGAAAACAAUUUGGUAUAAAACUAGACACCCCCAGCCGUACACUACAAUUUGGAUCGAUAAAUAGUGGACCUAUUAAAUUAAUGAUAUGGAUUUGCAUCUGAUUAUGAGGAAGACGAUUAUUAAUAGCAUAGUUAUCAUUAUUUAGCCAUCCCUAAAUAAAUUGCUCAAACGGGUAGUUCAAAAAGACCUUCUAUUUACUUUGAGAUCCUUGUUGAUGAUAAGAAAAAUAAUAAGAAUAAGAAUGUCUCUAAACCUUUUAGCAUAUUGGUAGUCUUGUGACUCUACUCUUGCAAAAAUAUGUUAACCUCAAUUGAUGUUUUCUCUGGUAGUCUUGCUUCAUUUAACAAUUCCAUCAUGGCUACUUAACUCAGGGGUAGGCUAAGUGUUUUCCAUGGCAGAAGUGUGCCGGUAAUUCAUUUCCAAGGAAACGCAUUGAAACCAUUGGAGCAUGGAAACCGCUAAGCCUUGAGGCGCGAUCUGUUGACAUGACCACUGCAGCACCGAGGGGAGAGGAGAACAUUUUUCUUUUCUGGAACUGGUUCUGGUUGAGUUAAGAUAUCUGGUAACACGGCCAGUAGGAAGGCCAGCCAGUCGGAGGUAUGCUUAAUAUUUUUCUUUUGUAAAAUGUAAUGUGCAUCUUUGGAAAGGGAGUUUGGAACGCAAUAUUUUAAUAUUUUCCUUAUAGUUUCCUUUGCGCCGAUGCAGAUGUUAACUGGACCUGUUAUGCGUAAGAAUGACAAGUUCAUAGUUUUGUUCACCUUACCAUAUUGAUACUGAAAAGGAAUGCAUAGAUUUUUGUAGUGAUGAAAAUGAAUCUUGAUUUCUUCCCCUGAAAAUAUAUAUUGAUAACAGUUCUGUCUUUCUUUCACAAGAUAGCAUUUGUUCACCAGUGACAAGCCUUGACCAUCCUACAGUUAUGUAAAUGUGCUGGAGACUUGAUGCUGAACAUUAUGUAACUUAGAUCAGACCUAUUGGGAAAAUAAUAAAGUUUCCCAGAAAAGGACAACAUUUUCUUUGCAAUUUAUGCGCGGCCGCCGAGUUAAAUUCACCAACACAGCAGAAACUUGGGAAUCUCCACAAGUCCAGAGGAACGAGGGCAUUUCCACCGCCGAGCACUGAUGGUCGGCAGGACACUGAGGACUCGACUCCCGUCUUCAUACGAUGGAUAAGAUGGUGAAGAUGCCCUGCAGCUACAGCCCUGCGGUUGAUAAGAUCCUGAUGGCGAAGCAGAUCCUGUCAGAGUUCAGACUGAAAAAUGAAGAGCUCAAAGAAGUCAUGAAGAGGAUGCAGCGCGAGAUGGACAGAGGGCUGCGUCUGGAGACACACGAAGAGGCCAGCGUGAAAAUGCUCCCGACUUACGUCUGCUCCACCCCCGAGGGAUCAGAGGUGGGGGAUUUCCUGGCUCUGGACCUGGGGGGUACCAACUUCCGCGUGAUGCUUGUGAAGGUGGGUGAGGAUGAGGAGAGGAGCUGGAAGGUGGAGACCAAGAACCAGAUGUACUCCAUUCCUGAGGAUGCAAUGACGGGCACUGCACAGAUGCUAUUUGACUACAUAGCAGAGUGCAUGUCCAACUUUUUGGACAAGCAUCACAUCAAGCACAAGAAGCUCCCUCUGGGUUUCACCUUCUCCUUUCCUGUACGACACGAGGACAUUGACAAGGGCAUCUUGCUGAACUGGACUAAAGGCUUCAAGGCCUCCGGGGCAGAGGGGAACAACGUUGUGGGUUUGCUCAGAGACGCUAUAAAGAGACGAGGGGACUUUGAGAUGGAUGUGGUUGCCAUGGUGAACGACACAGUAGCCACCAUGAUUUCCUGCUACUACGAGGACCGCAGCUGCGAAGUCGGGAUGAUUGUUGGCACAGGUUGCAAUGCGUGUUACAUGGAGGAGAUGAGGACGGUGGAGCUGGUGGAAGGGGAGCAGGGCCGCAUGUGCGUGAAUACAGAGUGGGGGGCUUUUGGCAACAACGGGGAGCUGGAGGAGUUCCGCCUGGAGUACGACAGAGUGGUGGACGAGACCUCGAUUAACCCCGGGCAGCAGCUGUACGAGAAGCUGAUCAGCGGGAAGUACAUGGGCGAGCUAGUCCGGCUUGUUCUGAUGAAGCUGGUGAACGAGGACCUGUUGUUCAACGGCGAGGCCUCCGAGCUGCUGAAGACAGGUGGCAGCUUGGAGACACGCUACGUCUCACAGAUGGAGAGUGACACUGGAGACAGAAAACAAAUCUACAACGUCCUGUCCUCGCUGGGUGUCCUGCCCUCGGAGUUGGACUGCGACAUUGUUCGCCUGGUGUGCGAGAGCGUGUCCACGCGCUCCGCUCACAUGUGCGCCGCGGGGCUCGCCGGUGUCAUCAACCUGAUACGCGAGCGACGCAGCGAGGAGGCCUUAAAAAUCACAGUCGGGAUCGACGGAUCCGUCUACAAGCUGCACCCGUGUUUCCGUGACAGGUUCCAUAAAAUCGUCAGGGAUCUCACUCCUCACUGCGAGAUCACCUUCAUCCAGUCGGAGGAGGGGAGCGGCCGCGGGGCCGCCCUCAUCUCGGCAGUGGCCUGCAAGAUGGCCGCCAGCAUACUGACACAGUAG